AUGAUCCGUGUUGAGUGUUCGCACUGCAAAGCUCUGCAUUUCGUCCAAGAACGCACCGUGAGCAGCCCUGCCGCAAGGCCCAUCUGUUCCACAUGCUGUGGGAAGGGGAAGCUGUCAUUGCCCCUUCUCCCCGACCCGCCAGCUCUUCUGCGCUCUCUUCUCAUCGAUGAUAAUCCAAGGGCCCGCCGCUUCCGUAACAACAUUCGAGCAUACAAUGCAGCGCUGUCUAUGGCAUCCGUGGUCGCCAAAUGGGAGAACAGACGGCCCGGUCCUUCCAAUUUUAACCCCACAAUGACGAUGCAGGGCGGCAUGUACCAUUACAUGGGUCCUAUGAUGCCAUCCGAGGGGCGGCGGCCUUGCUUUGCUUCUGUUUACAGUCACGACACUGACUACGCCACUCAGACGCGCACAGGGCUUGGAACCUCUAGACGACUGGAAGAGGCACUUAUGACGCAACUGACGCAUAUGCUGCACGAAUGCAACCCCUACGUGCAGACGUUUCUGUGUAUGCGAGAAUGGGCUCAAUUUCCUCACAACAACACUCCAGCCACGUACCAGAUGGUCAUCCAUGCCGACCGCAGGCCAAGUCAUGAGCACGUGCGCCGGCACAAUGGUCCCAAAGCUUCUGAAGUGGCCGCAUUGAUCCCUAGAAAUGAAGACGGAGAGAUUGGGCGAAGAGAUAUCGUCGUGCGCAGGCAAGGGACUCUGAACAGUAACGGGAACGAAGUGCUGGAUCCGAUUUCAGUCAGUCAUCGCGCAUUGGAUCCAUUGAGUUACGUGCUUUUGUUCCCGAACGGUAUAGAUGGAUGGUAUCCAGAGCUUCGAUUCUCCAGUGUUCAAGACAGCAGACGUACCAAGAUUACUCCGAUGAUUCAGAAACUUUCUUAUCUCCGCCACAACCAGACAAAACUUCGAGCCGCCGACUACACCUCACUGCGAGACAGCCUAGGAGACUCCGGUCGUGCUGAAGAUGAAGCCGACGCCGUGCGUGCGGGACGACUGUUCAUUCUCCCUUCCACGUACAUUGGAGGUGACCGCUAUAUGAGGCAGCAGAUGCACGACAUCAUUGCUAUAUCGAACCAAAUUGGCCACCCGGACAUCUUCCUCACCAUGACAUGCAAUUCAAGCUGGCCGGAGAUCACAAGAGCCCUACUGCCGAACCAAACGCCUCAGGACAGACCGGAUCUGUGCGCACGUGUGUUUCGUCUCAAAAUGAAAGAUCUCAUGUCCUUGGUCAUCAACGAGGAAGUAUUCGGAACCGUUUUUGCCCAUGUACGAGUCAUCGAGUUUCAGAAACGCGGUCUUCCCCACGCUCACGUUGUAUUUUUCCUAGAUGAAGUCUCCAAGAAUGAUCUGCGUACUCCCGAAAACGUCGACCGCAUUAUCUCUGCCGAGAUCCCGUCUGCCCAAGAUCCAGAACUCCAAGAGGUCGUGCUCAAGCAUAUGAUUCAGAAUCCAUGUGGAGAACACAAUCCAACAGCCGUGUGCAUGGGCGAGCGGUACUGCAGGAAAGGGUUUCCAAAAUCGUUCAAACACGAAACCAGCCAGUCCGACAGUGAGUACUACAUCACGUACCGAAGAAGGGCAACCUCUGCAGGUGGCGUCUCGAUCGAGCGACCCUCCUGUAUUGGCCGACGACAGCAACCCGUCGUGUUCGACAACUCCUGGGUCGUUUCCAACAGUACUAUCUCCAACUUCCAAGAUGCCAGAUACGUUUCCGCAUCGGAGGCCGCAUGGAGGUUAUUCUCCUUUGACAUUGUAGACCGCAAUCCUCCAGUAGUCAGGCUUGCAGUGCAUCUGCCCAACCACCACACGGUGUACUUUGAGGAAGGACGAGAGCAGGAGGCGGCGCUUCGACCAGCAACAGGCACGAAGCUGACCGAGUGGUUUAAAGCCAACGAGAAGUACCCAAGCGCGAGGCAUAUUCGGUACCACCAGUUUCCAAGGUACUUUACCAGCGAAGAGGAAGCCUACGAUUUCAGUGGUACAGGUGCCAACGUAGUCGGUCGAAUCUACACUGUCAGUCCGAGAGAGGGUGAGCGCUACUUUCUUCGCCAUCUCCUCACACAACACGCAAUCCGAGAUUCAUUCCGGUCAAGCUUCGUUCCUCUUUCUCAUCUGUUUGCUACGAUUCUAGCACACUGCCAGCCUUCGGAUCCUCUCUCGCUGUGGAACGACCAUCUGGACAUGUUUCUCACCGAUAUUCGCAAUCGUGCACGCGGACAACGCAUUCGAAGACAGCAGCUUCGCAAUGAUCACCACGCCACAUCUUACGUGCUUCGAGAGGUACAGGAGGCCCUGCAGACCGUGCGUUCCGACUGGACACACGCAAACUUCGGACUCCCACUGCCCGAUGACAGCCUGCACGCUUUGGAACAGCAAAACGAGAUCGAGACCCCCGAAGCACGAGCGCAGCAUGGUCGUCUCUUCGUUGUCGAUGCUCCUGGCGGAACAGGCAAAACAAUCGUGCUCGACGCCAUUCAGGACUUCCUUCGUACCCGCCGUAAGCAAUUUAUCGCUGUCGCUACGUCUGCUUUUGCUGCUGUGUUGCUCGACGGUGGACGCACCGCUCAUUCCGUGUUCAAGAUUCCCAUUCCUGUAUCUGCCGAAAGCACGUGCAGCUUCUCCGCAAACUCUGAUACUGGCCGUACACUGCAACAAGUCGAUCUUAUCAUAUGGGACGAGAUCGUCAUGUGCCAUCGACAUUGCAUUGAGACUUUCGAUCGCUCCCUUCGCGACUUGAUGCAAACCGACCGGCCCUUCGGAGGAAAGUUCCUCGUGCUCGCUGGAGACUUUAGACAAAUCCUUCCCGUCCUCCCGGGCGGGUCCAGAGGUCAAAUCGUGAGCGCGUGCGUCAAGGCUUCCCUGCUGUCAGAUGUGGAGGCUCUCAACUUUCCAGAGUUCCUCCUCAGCGUCUUCCAAGGGAUUCGAGACAAUCACGCAGACCCUGCCUGGCUCACCAAGCGCGUUAUACUCACCACAAAGAACAAGCCGCUCGAGGAAGUCAACGAGGUCAUCGGCAACGUGAUUUCGGGACCGUAUCGAACGUAUUUAAGCGCAAACAAGGUCGAGAACGAAAACACAAACGCGCUGAUCUAUCCCACAGAAAUGCUCACCACCUUGACGGCCGGGUCUGCUCUACCAGACCACAAGCUCAAGCUCAAGAAAGGCUUCAUCGUCAUGCUUCUCCGCAAUCUCGAUCCCGCUACCGGUCACGUCAACGGCGCACGAUAUGUAAUCGAGAACAUGACCAACAACCUUCUCUUUCUACGCGUUAUCGCCGGGUCUCACGAAGGCAACCGACUCUGCCUUCUUCGAAUGCCCUGCGGACCGGGCGACGACAACUUUCCCAUCCCUGGCUUUACCCGAACCCAGUUCCCCAUUCGGACGUGCUUCGCCCUUACAACGAACAAAGCGCAAGGCCGAUCCCUCGGUGGCCGCAUUGGUCUCGACCUACGAGAUCACUGCUUCUCGCACGGUCAACUCUAUGUCGCCUUAUCGAGGACUACUCACCCAAGCAACGUCACUAUUCUCACUCGAGAGUCCGAUGAAACAACGCGAAACGUAGUGUACCUCCAGGUCCUUCAGCAGUCAUCAAAAAAGUAA